AUGGGUAGAAAGAAAAGCGAGAGGAUAUUACUAAAGACCGCAUUCAGCAAAUUCACUAAUGAAGAAUCCAAUCCAUUGCUUAUUGAUAUUGAAGAUGAAGACAAUGAAGGAAACGAAAUAGUACAACCUCGGAUUAGAAGAGAAGGAAAAAAGAAGUGUUCAACACCUAAGAAGAAAACUAAAAAACAAAAUGGUGGUGGGGGGAACGUGUUAAUCACACACCAGCUCAUUCAAUGCGAAGAAAAGAAUAUGAAACCCAAAGUCAAUGUGAAGAAGUUUUAUGGAGGAAAUUCAAGGUUUUCAAAAUCUAAAAAAAAUAUACAGAAACAAAAAGGUUUGAUUGAAAGUUAUGACAUGACAGAAGAUAGUGGAAUAAAUAGGGAAAAUGAAUUGAGAACAAAAAGACGGUUUGAUAGAUGUAAAAUAAAAGGUGAUGAAGUUGUUGUUAUAAACUCAUGUUCAGGAAAAGAUAAUGUUACUGUCAAGAAGCUUGAUGAAGAUGAAGACUCUGAUUUUGAAGAUGACAAACCUGUGGUAACAAGGAAAAAGAGAAGGCAUUAUACUUCAUUAAAAACUGAUGACAAAGAAAAUGUGAAGAAAUUUAAAAGACAAAAGAAUAAAGAAGGAAAUGUAGUGAAGGAAAAAAAACUGCCUAAAGUUGUAGCAAGUGAUGCAGAAGAAGCAAGGCGAAUACAAGUACGAACAUCUCCAAAUGUUUUGUACAGUUGUAUGCAUAACCUUAGCAAGGAACAGGAAGCUUAUAUUUCUUCUAUUUGUCUGGGGAAUUUGUUGAAUAUGAAAGUGGAUGGGUGUGCAUCAAUUAUGGGGCAUUAUAUUGUAAGGAAUUUUGAUGCAGAUAGGAUGGUACUCAAACUUCAUCAUGGAGAGAUACCAAUCAAUCGGCAAGUUAUUCACGAAAUGUUGGGUCUGCCUCUCGGACAUGUUACAAUAAAGUCCAUGCCUUAUAGAGAAGUCACAGACGACACGAUAACUGUUUGGAGUGAACAAUUCGAAGAUGAAGAUAAUAUUAUACCAAGGGCAGUUCAACAAGUUAUUAUGCAAUCAACACGUGUGGAUUUAAUCUUUAAAGUAAAAAUCUUUGUCCUGCUGUGUAACACACUAGGUCAGUCGAUGAGCAUGGGAACAUGUGACCUGUCCAUGUUAUCAAAAGUUACGAAAGACCUGGAUCUAAGUGACAUUGAUUGGUGUGGAUAUGUUUUUGAUUGCCUUAAGGAGACAAAAAAGUGCAUGGAAUCCAAACAACAAAAAAGGAUUCUAUGUUGGGCCAAUUAUAUUACUGCUGAAAGUGUUCGAUGCGAUUCAGUGAAGAUUGUACGAUGCAGAACAACAAUAUGUUGUUGGAAUGUUGAUAAACUACGUGAGCGAGAAAGAGUAGAGUGUAGGACAAUUGGUCUGGGUAUGGGUGAAUCGCAAGAUCCAUUUAAAGUCAUCAAUGAAGCAUUGGGAACUAGUAAUGUAGGGCAAGAAAAAGUUCAGGGAAAUGAUGUAGGAGGUGUAAGGGAAAUCAAGGAUAUGAGAUUUUUAGUGGAAGUGGGGAAAGUGUUGAGGUAG